AAGGUGGAGUCUGGGCAGAGAGUCCCUGCAUUACUCACCCAGAAGACUGACUUUCACGUUUCCAGGAACUCUUGAGGGUUUCGUUUUAUUUCUACAGCAGAAGACAGUUCUGUGGAUUCUUAAAAUUCUAGCCGAGCAACUUAAAAUGGAAUCUUCACUUGUUGAAUUACCAACUGAUACACUACAACGAAUCGCAUCUGAACUUAGAUGUCAUUCAACAGAUGAGAGGGUUGCCUUGCGCCUCGAUGAGGAAGAUAAGUUAAGGCAUUUCAGAGAACAUUUUCAUAUUCCAAAGAUGCAAGAUCUACCUCCAAUUGAUCUCUCUUUAGUGAAUAAGGAUGAAAAUGUCAUUUAUUUUUUGGGAAACUCUCUUGGACUUCAACCAAAAUUGGUUAAAGUAUAUCUGGAAGAAGAACUGGAUAAGUGGGCCAAAAUGGGUGCCUAUGGUCAUGAAACAGGAAAACGCCCUUGGAUUACUGGAGAUGAGACUAUUGCAGGCCUUAUGUCUGAGAUAGUAGGAGCCAAGGAGAAAGAAAUAGUCCUAAUGAAUGCUUUGACUAUUAAUUUACAUCUUCUACUGCUAUCAUUUUUUAAGCCUACACCUAAGAGAUUUAAAAUUCUUCUUGAAGCCAAAGCCUUCCCUUCAGAUCAUUAUGCAAUUGAAUCACAGCUUCAACUUCAUGGACUGAACACUGAGAAGAGUAUGAGACUUAUAAAGCCAAGAGAGGGAGAAGAAACUUUGAGACUAGAGGAUAUUCUGGAAAUCAUUGAGAAGGAAGGAGAGUCAAUUGCAGUGAUCCUCUUAAGUGGGGUUCAGUAUUAUACUGGUCAGCUGUUUAAUAUCCCUGUCAUCACAAAAGCUGGACAAGCAAAGGGUUGUUUUGUUGGCUUUGAUCUAGCACAUGCGGUUGGAAAUGUUGAACUCUUUUUACAUGACUGGGGAGUUGAUUUUGCCUGCUGGUGCUCUUACAAGUAUUUAAAUUCAGGAGCAGGAGGUCUUGCUGGUGCAUUUGUCCAUGAAAAACAUGACCAUAAAGUUGAGCCUGUGUUAAAAGGAUGGUUUGGCCAUGACCUCAGUACCAGAUUUAAAAUGGAUAACAAACUGCAGUUAAUUCCUGGGGCCUGUGGAUUCAGAAUUUCAAACCCUCCCAUGUUACUGGUCUGUUCCUUACAUGCUAGUUUAGAGAUCUUUAGGCAAGCGACUAUGAAAGCCUUACGAAGAAAAUCUAUUUUACUAACUGGUUAUCUGGAAUACAUGCUCAAGCAUUACUAUAGCAAAGACAGAACAGAUACCAAGAAACCAUUUGUGAAGAUAGUUACUCCAUCCCGUCCCGAGGAUCGUGGCUGCCAACUUACCUUAACAUUUUCAAUUCCCAUCAAAUAUGUUUACCAAGAGCUGGAAAAGCGAGGAGUCGUGUGUGACAAGCGGGAGCCAAGUGGCAUUCGAGUAGCUCCAGCACCUCUCUACAAUUCUUUCCAUGAUGUUUAUAAAUUUAUCAACGUGCUCAAUUCUGCUCUGGACAGUGCUGAAUCAAAAUAUGGCCAUGAUUUUGAGAACAACUUGAGAAAAUAAUAUCGAAAAGUGAUGUGGAUGUUUUAUUUUUAUUCAAGUUUAAUUACUGGAAG